GUGUCCUUAUCAAAACUAUGGUCAAAUGUGAUGCCACUUUUAUUAGCUCCGCAGUCAGCUCAGACCAUAUUACUCAGCUGAACAGCUGGUUGGUUGAUCAAGCUAUCCACGUUCCAACAGGUUGGAUCGAGGCGUGUGUUUCGUGGCUGGUCGAUGAGCACGGAGGCCUCCAUGCGUGUGCCGCGCUCACCAAGCCCGAUUGGUGUCAGCUGAUUUACGAGCAGUGGCUACAUGCAGACUUGCAUCAGCUAAGUUGUCCCGUAUUGCCCACCUCCGAUGGAGCUGGCCAUGAUACUUCAACAGGUAGUGGAUCGACGGUAAUGAAGCUGGACGGUGAACUUUGUUUGCAGGUUGUCGGCCUGUUCAACAUUGGUGAGUCGUACUACAGUCAACUGCGACGGAGCGAGGGGAACCUGAGCGCCGAUCUGCCUUUGUUAGACCAUCCUGAUACUGACGGUGACGGUGAUCGGGACUACACCCGUAUGACACAAGCAUACAGCCAGUAUGGUAACUCUUCCACAGCGUCACAAAACAGGUUCAACCGAUCUUCUACUCCGCCAUGCCACUCACUGUUUCUCACCGAUGGUAUCACACAGAUAAAAGCAGUGGAAUUAGGCACUUUGGUUCGCGGUAAUCGGUCAUUGUUGUCUCACGAUGAACUUUUACGUCGUCUUCGUCCGGGAGUCAAAGUCCGCCUUCGGGGUCCCCUCGUAUUGCGGAAGAAUGUCCUUCUGUUACCUCCUGGUGCAAUCGAGACACUCAAUCAUCCACAGCUUCAGGUGCUCGGUGGAGAGGUUGAUGAGCUACUGCAGGGUGCCUCGGGCAACUUGAUGUACCAGCUUGGUCUGUUGUUGGCUCGCAAGCUAAACAUACCCGUUUCCGAAGGCACCCAGUUACCGUCGUGGUUUCCGAAACUGUCCACCGAGCAUACUUCAGCACCCGUGUCCUCAGAGCCUUCUGCGGCAAUACCUUCUGCUCAAUCGGGGCAACAACCUUUGCUUCCUCCCACCGAGCAACCGUCAUUGCUUCCUCCGUCAUCUCAUACUUCACCGGAGCCAUGGGACCAUGACUCAGACGCGUUACUUAAAGAGGUGGCCGACAAUUUUGAGCAGCAGGCUGUCCGUUCGUUUGCUGUGGCCACCCCAAUGAUUCACGCGUUGGCAGGUAUGGUUCCCAAUAGGCCUGUGGCCGAAGUAGCACCAGUCGGUCAAGUAAAACAUUCGGAUUCCUUUGAUGACUUGUAUAAUUUAUCAGCUGAAGUUGACCCUGACGUAUUGGCCAGCGCAUUUGAUGAUCUGGCGAAUGAGGACAUGAUGAGCAGAGCACAGGCAGCCCGGAAUGAUACACAUUCGUGUUUUGUCUCUGCAUCCUCUUUCGUGGCUAAACGCGACAACGUUGUGGUGGCCACGUCAACUGCGCCUUCUAAACCUUGUGGUAACCAUCCCAAAGUAGGGGGUUUACGCCAAGCUCUUUUAACAGCAACCUCGCUAACUGCUCCGCUAUCUCCGCCUCCAACAGAAAAGUCCGUUUUAUCUGCAGCCGAAAGUGUAGCAGAAACUUUGUCGGGAGCACCAUCCUUACCUGCUCCACCCAGUGCAGCCGCAUCAGCGAAGCACGCGUUACCGGCGGAUUCGGAUGACCUGCUUCCACCACUGGUGAAACGUAAGCCAUGGGUGAACAAAACCAACAUCAAUGAUGGCACCAUCGUGGGAUUUUCGGCAACCAGCUCUUCGAUUUCGAGCACGUCUGGAACAGCCACCUCUACUGUGGAUUAUCGAUUCCAUCCUUUCUGUUAUAUCGAGGACAUGUACAACGAGCUGAUCAAGGACACCUCAAACUCCUUCAUUCCUCGACGGCGUGUGUACACUAUUCGUGGCCUUCUGGUUAGCCUACUAUCCUCCCUGGAGCAUCAUCAGGGCACUCGGUGGACCUUGGCUGCUCGUCUCGCAGACGGCAGCGCAACCGUUGAUGUAGACAUCUCCUCUGAACUCCUGACCGAGUGGAUUGGUCUGACCGCUUCGGAGAGUGAAUCACUUCGACAAAUGAGCCGCGCUGCUAUGGGUGGGUCGAAUCCGAACGCUUUGGCUGUUCAAGAGGCUCAGAGGCAUCGACAUCGUCUUCGUUCAGCACUCAACAGCUUUCAGUAUCGUCUUUCCAAUCUCUCCGGUCUGUUCGAUAUUCGACCGCCGCCGGCAACGUCUCUCAGUGUUCAGGAGUCUGUGGACCCCGAAAAACCGAUUCGUCCAAUAUUAGUGGAUCAUCGUCCGAUGAAUGGAGAAUGGCUACAACAGCUACGCGAACGUGUCCUUUGGAGAAAAGCCACCAUGACGUGAGGUGGACUACUCUGUUGGCACUUACUUGUACACAACAAUACAUCUGUUUCUAUUUAUACAUAUGAUGUAAUAGUCUAACUUGUUUUCUCAG